CCGAUUACCUCAUGUGGUUGCAUCUGGACAAUCACUGUGGAUUGUACAAUCAUCAUACUAUUUGUACGACUCAAUGAUGUUUAAGUUGAAUGUGUUGGUGUUGGUUUUGUUGAUAAAAGUGAUAAAUGCGGCAGUUGGCAAAUAUGUAGUGUCUUUUGAAAACACUAAUUGGUACCAAGCUUUAAUUAACUGUAAAACUUCCGGAAUGGAACUGGCGAGUAUUCACUCAGAAGAAGAGCAAACUGCACUUGAAGAAUACCUAAAGAAAAAUGACCACAAUAAGGGUUAUUGGCUGGGAGGUACUAAAGAAGGAAACGGUGAGUAUUAUUGGGCAACAACAGGAAUAAAAAUGGUUUAUUCGAAAUGGCUAUUUAUGCAGCCUGAUAAUGCCAAAUUUGAUCAUAAUUUCAACCAAGGCGAACAUUGUGUAGCUUGGGGAAUGCCAACUUACAGUCCCACACCUGCCGGUUGGAACGAUUUAACUUGUUCUGUAUCGCUUCCCUAUAUUUGCCAACGAAUUGAAUACUGUUCCUGAUAACACACUAUACUUUUUACAAUUCAUUCCUUAUAAACUAAAAUAAGUUAAUACUAUUAUGGCAAAUAAAAUUUGUAUUUUGCUGAAA